GCGCCUGUAGCCGGGGUAUUACGGUGCUGGGGUGCGGGUCUAUUACCGUAUCGGAGGACAUGGCAGCGGGCAGGAGCUGCGGCAGCCCCGCUAACUCUCCACAUCCAGGAGCUGAAAUUCUCCCCUCUCUGUUUACAAGAAGACGUGCCAACACCCGGCUCUCCUUCCACGAAGGUAUCUGUUCCCUGAGGACUCAUCGGGUGUCUCCACAGGCUUUCUGAAUCAGACUGCAUGCGGGGAGACUCUAAAUGUUUGCCUGCCCUCUCCUGAAGUGGCAUGCUUCCUGAUUCACCAAUGCCUCGAUGGAGGGCCGUCAUCACUCAGCACCUGCGGUGGUCCAGUCCCAUCGCCCAAGCCCUAAUCCUGUCCGUCAUCACGUUUUGCAUUGUUCUCCCUCUCUUCUGCCACCAUCUGCUUUACUCGUACUUCUUCAUCAAGUCCAUGUACCUGGACGGCAUGAGUGAUGACGUCCUGCAAGAAAGCCUCCACCGAGGUCAGGACGCUCUACACUUCUGGCAGAGUACCUCCACCGCGGCAGCAGCUGUGCCCUCCAGGUUCACUGACAUUGCCCAGCGCCCUGAACUGCUGGUUACCGUGGUGACAGCCAGAAGAAAUGAAGGGCGUGAAUUCCACUACCUGCUCCAGGUGAUGCAUCGGCUGAGUAGACUGCUGGGAAGCUGCGGUGAGCAGCGGUGUGCUGAGGUGUUGGUCUGCGAUGUGGAGAGUGGUCCCCAGGGAAACCAGGAUGCCAAGUUGCUGGAGAACCACUUCCAGGUGAUCCGGCGUUCCCCUGAGGAGCAGCAGAGAAACAAGGAGCGUGUCAACACCUUCGAGAGAGAGAAGAGGGAUUAUGUCUUUUGUCUCCGUAAGGGAUGGGAGGUGGUGAGGCCAAAAAACAUGCUUGUCCUGGAGGACGAUGCCUUACCAAAGCAGGACUUUUUCACUGUUGUAAAGGACUUGUUGUCCCGCCGCUUUGCCCUCCAGACUCUCUACAUAAAGCUCUAUCACCCUGAGAGGCUGCAGCGCUACUGGAACCCCGAACCUUACCGCAUCCUGGAGUGGGUGGGACUGGGCCUGGUAGGAGCCACGGCCCUCCUCCUCACCCUUCUUUACUGGAACCCCUGCUCUUUCUCCUUCACGCUGUCCGCCAGCCAUCUUCUCUUCUUCACACUCUACUUCAUGGCUGUAGCCGAGCUGCUGGGCCGCCACUACCUCCUGGAGAUCCGUAGACUUUCCCCCCAGCUCUAUGCGGUCUCCCCAGCCACAGAAUGCUGCACGCCAGCAAUGCUUUAUCCUGGCAACGCCUCCCUCAGGGUGGCAGAGUACCUUGACGUCUCAUUCUGCGAGAAGGGGAACGCCAAAGACAUGGUUCUGUACCACAUGGUGAGAACAACGCCGGGGGAACGGUCUCACAGCGUGGAACCAAACCUCAUCACCCACAUCGGGGCCUACUCCUCAGUCAGGGCCAACCCGUCAAGGCCGAAACUCCUCUAAGGACGGGACAAGAUGGGGCGAACACUCAGUACGUUUACAUGCAGUUAGUGCGAACAAAACUGGACUUUUAAUGUCCACGUAGAUGACAGUCCAACCGAAAUCUGUCAAAACAAAGUUCUCAAAGUUGGACUAGCACGCCACGAUGAAAUGGUUGUAGAUCAGUUUAUUCUAGCACCUUAGUCAGACCCAAACUGGGCUAGGCUCUUUUUCUUUUUUUUCUUCGUUCCUUUAUUUGAUAGAGGACGACAGUGGAUAGAGUUGGAAACUGGAGAGAGAGUGGGGAGGGCCACCGGCCGGAUUUGAGCCCGGGCCGUCCACGUGCAUGGGUAGCAUCUUAGAUCGCUAGGCCACCUCUACCCCCAAUAUUGGACUAGGCUUUCUGAGCAUGCUCAGCAGCCUCUCAUGCUGGCCUGUAGUGCCACAUUAUGUAAUAACGCUGCAUUUUGUAAUAACCCUAACCAUAGGACUUAAUGUGGGCUCCAAGGUAUGCCCUACCCUACUACCUUGCCCUAACCCUAACCGCUCAGUGGCUUAGAAAAUGUGGCGUUAUUACAUGAUGGAUGCAAAAUGUAUUAUAUUAUUACAUAAUGCGGCGUUAUUACAUAAGGCGGUGCUACAUGGCCUUUGACCCAGAAGUCAACAAGCUGAGGUGGCGUAGUCACCUUCCUACGCUUUCACCAUAGGUCAGAGGGAAAGCAUGGAACAAAUUUUCACCAACAGCUCACAGUGUGUGUUUAUGUUGUUCUGCAGUUAGCCAGUUAGCUUCUUGUUAACUUGCUAGCAUUGCUAGCAGGGCAUAGCUCAACUUCCUGUAAACGUACUGACUGUGGUGUUGGACAGAUCUCAGAGGAACUUUUUACCAACAAACCCCAUAAACCGGUCUCAGGGAGCUGUUUUCAGCUCCUGAUGAAAUGUUGGGAAAAUACCACCAGAGCUUCAGAUAGUUUUAUUCCUCUCUGCUGUUGGUGUGAAUCUACUGCCCGCCGUCAUGGACCUUUAAAAAUCAGAUGCUGGAAGUUUCCGUAGUGAUCAUCAUUCCCUUAAAAAACAGUGCUGAUGGACUCUGAGAACAUAAAGAUUAUUUUUAACAUGGCCUGAGGUUCAGAUGAAAACGGUGAGUUUAAUAACGGAUGUGUUCACUGUUUGCACUCCAAGAACUGGAGAUCGACACCGCGUCCUAGCAGCAUACGAGCAUCCGAACUGCAUCUAUAAAUAUUCAGUUAUCAGCUCAGUGGAUUUUAAGUUCCCCUUGUAAAAGAAAUGACAUCUAGGGCUUUUAUUUUGAAGGUGGAGAAACUGAAGUGUCUGACGAGCCUUUGAUGGCAGUCAGCCAAACACUUUGUCCUCCGUGUUUACACGAGUUAGAGCACAACAUUUCAUUAAACACUAAAAACAAGCAUACGAGCUCUGUGAGUGAGGAGAGGGAAAGGAAAUCAAGGAAGUAUUGCUGUCAGGUUCUCCUGGUACCUUGUCAUCUCCCUCUUUGCCUGUUCUUUGUCGAUGUAAAUGCAAUACACAGAGAAGAACACAGAAAUCAGACAGAAAAUGAGGAAAAAUGCGUCAUGUUGCGUUCCUAGCAGGGGGUCAGGACUCUUCAGUAAUCUUUGGGUUAGAAUCGGUGUUAUUACGCUGAUUUUCUCUCUGAUGCGUGCUCACAUGUUUAAGAUUCUGAAGCGUUUGGUGUUUUUAACCUGGGCUUUACUUUCUCAUAGUUUGAGGUCUAAAGGACUUUUUCAUGUCAACAUUUGGGCUAAAACAGACGGUGAUGUUUGCAAAUCCUGCAGGCCUUAUCUUGAGUCAGUGGAAAUAAACAGGAAAUGUUGAUGAAUGCUCUCUGCCUGCGAGGAUCACAUUCCAGCCAUGCUGACAGUUCUCAUGUUUGUUCCACUGAAUCUUAGGUAUAAAAAUACGGCCCAGGUUUGAAAACAAACACACGUCUGUCCUAAAGUUGUGGCUGUAAAACAGUGAACACAUCUUUAACAAACCAGAGGAGGAGGAAAUCAAUAACUGAUCACAGAGCUGCUGCAGAGUCAGGACGGUGUCCUUCACGAUGAAAGAGGGAUCUGUCGUUUACAGCCGGGCCGUUUAAGAACAGUUUUAUUCAAUUUGAUGAAAUCAGGAAACGUAGACGUAGAGAGGAGUCAUGACUCCACAGUCUGUGUUAGACUAGAGACAGUUUACACUCCUGCACCGUGGUUUCACAUCAGGCAUUAAAGGAACAGUCCGACAUUUUAGGAACUAGAGUCGUCACAAUGCCAGAAUUUAACAUUUUGGUGUUAUUCCACAAAUCACAUUGUUUUCGGGGUCAUUUUUAAAUCACCAGUAAUUCUAGAUCAGUGUUACUUAACCCUGCUCAACCGAAGAGCCAAACUGUUGAAAAAUACCCUUGCAGGAGCCUCAAUCUAAGUGGUGAAAAGGGGCAAAACACCUUAAGCAGCAUUAAAAGUAAAUUCAAGGUGGUAAAAAUGUAUGAAAAGGGGCAAAAAUUGG